UCCCCAUUUUUCGCGGCGAAAGCUUUCGCAGCAAUCAAUCCUAAGAUAAGGAAGAGAGAGAAACAGAUACAUAUAGAUCAUCAACAUAUAUAAACAAAUUAAGCUAGUACAAUGGCAAUGAUAAUGAGACUACAUUAGCUUUCGCCUAGGGAUUGGCCUUGGUUUUAUUAUUAGGGCUUUUUUCAUUUUUUAUCAUAAUAAAUGCUUUUUAAAAACUCCUUUGCUUCUUAUUUAACCCUCCUUCUUCUUCCUUUUUCUCACUUCUUCUUUCUUUCUCUUCAUUCUUUUUCCUAACCCAUCCCAUCCCAUCCCAUCCUUACCUCGGGAUCUGAUCCCGCUUCCUCUCUUUCUCUCUCUUCAUCACCAAUAGACCUCAAGAUUCAGUACUUUCCUCUCUCUAAUUCGAUUCCCGAGGAAGAGAAAGCUAAAAAGAUCAAUUCACACUCUUACUUACAACCUCCGUUUCUAAAUAAGUGUCGUUUUUCAGUUACUACAUACAUGGUGUGAUUGAUCGUAUCCCAGUUGAACAAAUAAAGUUUGAAUCUUCUUCUCAAGGACAUACAGUGGAGUGCAAAAGCUGAUCAUAUAAAAAGGUCUUUGCUCUAGUUGGAUAAAAUGAACACAUUGUCGCACGUUCCUCCGGGCUUUAGAUUCCAUCCAACUGAUGAAGAACUUGUGGAUUACUACCUCCGUGAGAAAGUAGCUGCAAGAAAGAUGUGUGAUAUUAUUAAAGAUGUUGAUCUUUACAAAAUUGAACCUUGGGAUCUUCAAGAAUUAUGCAAGAUAAGUAGUGAAGAGCAGCAUGAAUGGUACUUCUUCAGCCAUAAAGACAAGAAAUAUCCAACAGGAACUAGGACUAAUCGAGCUACCAAAGCCGGAUUCUGGAAAGCAACUGGAAGGGACAAAGCUAUCUACUCUAAGCAUAAUUUGAUUGGCAUGAGAAAGACUUUGGUUUUCUAUAAAGGUCGAGCUCCCAAUGGUCAGAAGUCCGAUUGGAUCAUGCAUGAAUACCGUCUUGAAACAAAUGAAAAUGGAACUCCCCAAGAGGAAGGAUGGGUAGUAUGCAGGGUGUUCAAGAAGAGAAUGGCAACCGUUCGCAAGCUAGAUGACUCACCGUGUUGGUACGACGAUCAACUCUCCUUUAUGCCUGAUAUGGACUCUCCUAGAAGGAUUCCUCACCAUCCCAAUAAUUACCAUACACCAAAUCAUAGUAAUUUCCACCAACACCGCCACAACAUGUACCCUUGCAAACAAGAGCUUGAAAUAGCACCCUACAAUAUAUCUCACCAUGACCCUUUUCUUCAAUUACCUCAAUUAGAAAGCCCUAAAAUGCCCCAAGCCAGUAUGCAAAGUUGUAACUCAAUGCCACCCUAUGGAACAAACACGAAUUUAUCAUCAUCGUUGCUCGUUCAAGACCAAAUGAUCCAUUCACAACAAUUUGAUUCGAUGUAUGGUAAUGUAUGUGGGUCGGAACAAGUUGAGGAUCAAGUUACGGAUUGGAGGGUGCUUGAUAAGUUUGUUGCUUCUCAACUUAGCCAAGAUGAACAACACGGUCCUUCUGCCGCGAAUAAGGAAAUAAAUUACUCUAAUGUCCCUAUAUUUCCUGUGUCCGAGCACAUGAACAUGGUGAUAAGCCCUAACUCCAAUAAGCAAGGUCAUUUAGGGGCCUCAUCAGAUCAAUAUGCUUCAACGUCAAAUUCGAGCUGCCAAAUUGAUAUGUGGAAUUGAACAAAGACAUUUACGAUAUUAUAUGCUAAUUAAUUACCUAAUUAACCUGAUCUUAUAUAUACAUAUACAUACUGAUUAUAUAGGGGAAUACAAUUACUACAAGAGAAAUCUUGGAUAAGUUUCCUUGUACAUAAUAAACAUGGUAAUGCAAUAUUAUUAGUGGGGUAUUGAAUUUGUGAGAUCAAACUUAGGGUUGAUCCUCAAAGUGAACUUAGAAAUGUGGUGCCUAUUGUUAUUGGAUGAUGAUAGCAUCUAUGUUUAGAAGAUUGAAAGGUUUCCAAGUAUUAUUGGGAUUCAUAUUCAGAACGAACGAAUAUCUGAUUGUACUUAUUCUUAUUGGAACUUAAUUAACUUACAUUUGAUAAUGAAUUAUAUUAUGUUUUACUAAGCUAGUAUUUUAUCAAAUUCCUUGUUUCUUAGUCCUUGUAUUCCAUUCUACAUGUCAUCUACUAAUACUUCAUGUUGCUUUUGUUGUAAUCCUUUUGUUAUGUUUUUGUUUGUUUUUUUUUUAAUUAAGUUGCAGCAUACAUAUACUUUUAGUUUCCAUUUUUAGAGGUUUUACUACUAGUUUCAUGGAUGUUUUUAUAAUGAGUUUCAAGUGAAUGGUCAAUAUAAUAAUUUAAGAAAUAAGUGAAGGCCAUAGUUUUAAGGGACACAAACUUGUACUCAUAUUGAUGUUCAAAGAGAAAUUGGUUGGUGUACAACUGUACACAUAUCAUUUCGUUUGGUUUAUAUUUUUCACCUGUCAAAUUAAAUUUAGUAAAUUGUCAUUUAAAAUUGCCUCUUUGCAUUUUUUUUUUUUUUUUUUUUGACAACGGCAAAGGAAAGAAAAAACAGCUACAUAAUUAAAUUAGAGAGGGUGCUGCGGCAAUUCUUUGCAAUAUCAUUAGCCAAUUGCACUUGAUCUCUCAUGACCUUAAUAACCGAACAUUUAAAAUUGCCUCUUUGCAGUUGAUUUAUAAAUUUAGGAGUAAAUAAUUGUCUGAAUAAAAGAACAAGUAAAUUAAAUGUCUAUGUUGUUAAAUACUUCAAUGAAGGCUAGGAAUAAAUCAUAAAUAUAGGAAUGCCAGCAUUUCCUACGGUGUAUUAUAAAGCUAAGGUUGCUAACGUAAUGAUUGUAAUUUAAAAUUUAAAAACCUAUGAGCUUAAUAGUAGUCUCUUAAGAUUGUAUCAUUUUUCUUUUUGAAAUAUACGGAGUUUUUGAACAUAAAUCAUAUCAUGCAAGCUAAGGUUUUUCUACAUAUAUCUCAUAUACUUCGUAUGUGACUUAUAUGUAAUGUGGUACGUACUAUAUCAUUGUGUUCACCUUUGUUGCAAUAUAUAUAGCUAGUUUCGAAUAUAUAUAAAAACCUAUAGAUCCAAAGAAUAAUAUGUUGGUUAAAUUACCAUACUAGUGGAGAUCAUAUACAUAUAUAUAUAUGUUAAAAUGAAGUGUAUAGGUUUCGCACGCACUUAUCAAGUACAACACUAGGUGUAUGUGUUUGCUACAAUAAAUAGCUAGCCAUUAUUUUAGUAAGUACGGAGUAUGAUAUAAGGUGUGCUAAAGGUUUCUAUUUUCUUGAGUUUUCGGCAAUACAUUUCAAAGCAUACGCUAAUUACAGGGUAGCUGAUACCCCUAUCAAAGCUAGAAGCUUGGAUUUCAACAUGCAUGCAGGUUCUUCAAAAACAUAAAACCUUUGGAAAAUGUACCGUACAUAAACAUAUAUAAUGCAUGUACGUAAUGUGAUUAUUUCCAUGUUGUCAACAACAAUCUUUGGUUCUCUGCAGAAAAUUUUGUCUUAUCGCGCUACAUAAUCGUCUAUAAGAAUGCAUACCAUAGCUAGCAUGCUUCAAGUACUCCCGAUCCAAAUGAAGAAGACGAUGGGACAUAGCAUUAUAUAUAGUUAUAGCAAAAUAAAAAAAAAAAAAAAACCCUACUAAUUUGACAACAAAAUUAAAACAUGCAGCAUACAUGUUUAAUUUAUUUGGGCAUCGAAAUCAAUGAUGAACGGCAUACAUACGUUUGAAUGUGUUUGUACAAAAACUAAUGUACACUAUACAUUCAAGAAAAAGAAGCUGAAGCUGCAUAUAUCUUCUUUUACUGUUCGAUCGAAGAGCGACGACAUACCU